AUGGACGGAUUGGUGUCUGUUAACUUAAACUGGGGCAUCACCUUUCUCAUUCAGAUGGGCGCUGGAAUCCUUGGAAAUUCUUUACUCCUUUGCUUUUAUAACUUUACUAUUAUCACCGCACAGAUACUGAAACCCAGAGACUUGAUCCUCAACCAGCUGGUCUUAGCUAACAACUUGGUUCUUUGCUCUAAAGGGGUCCCUCAGACAAUGGCAGCUUUGGGAUUGGAAGCUUUCCUGGACUGGGCUGGAUGUAAACUUGUCUCCUAUUUACACAGAGUGGCCAGAGGGGUUUCCCUCAGCACCACCUGCCUCCUCAGUGGCUUUCAGGCCAUUAAGCUUUGUCCCAGCAUCUCUAGGUGGAUGGAAGUCCAAAUUAGAUCCCCAAAGAGCAUCCUUCUCUGCUGUUUCCUCUGCUGGGUCUUGCAUCUUGUGGUAAAUAUCUAUAUGGUAAGGUACAUAACUGGCCCAGUGAAUAGCAAAAACCUGAGUAUGGAAAAAAUUUAUAGAUACUGUCCCCCACCCAAUCCAGGGAACUUGCUAUUCUCAGUAAUGGCAGUCAUUUAUACCUUCACGGAUGGCAUGUGUUUGGCCCUCAUGGUCUGGACCAGCGGCUCCAUGGUCCUCGUUCUGCACAGGCACAAGCAGAGAGUCCAACACAUCCGCAGCAGCAGCCUCUCCCCCAGAACUUCCCAUGAAACCAGAGCCACACACACUAUCCUCAUCCUGGUGAGCAUGUUUGUCUCCUUUCAUGCUCUAGCUUCCAUUUUGUCAUAUUGGAUUACGCAGCUGCAGAACCCAAGCCAGUGGCUGAGGAGCAUCUCUGUUCUGGUGGCUUCAGGCUUUGUGACAUUCAGCCCCUUUGUGUUCAUUGUCAGUGACACCCGAGUGUCACAGUUCUUUGCCUGCUGGAAAAAGAAGACAAAUGCUCCAAGAAUGUUUUCUGGGCUAUAA